UGUGCUUGAAAAUUGAUUUUUUUUUCUUCUUCAUUAUCACCACUAUUAUCCUAAAAUCUGAUCUUCUGAUUAUUAUCCUUAUAUAUCGAUAUUGAUUUAUUAUUUACAUUUUUGUAUGCAUACAAUGUGUGCGUGCAUUCAUUUUUUUUUUUUUUCACUGCUAUCCAUUCAUUCUAUAUAUUGUUAUUAUUAUUAUUACUAUUACAUAAUUCCAAAUAAUUAAUGAAGUACAACAACAACAAAAAGAUUGUGAAAAAUAAAUGAUUUUUUUUGUGUUCCUGAAAAAAAAUUUGUUAAUUAAAUUGAUUUGAUGGGGAUUAUUUGAUGGAAAAUUUUCACUUCACAUGUCCUUAUUGCCCAAAUGUACUGGAUCAUAAAUUGGUAUUUUCCUGGUUUCAGUUCAUCGAUUUCCCUUCAUCCGGUCAGAGGAGGUAGAAAAAAAACCAGGCCAAUUAUUAUUAUGUUUGUAUAUAAAAACAAACUGAAAAAAACCUCGAGAUUCAUAAUUGUUUGGAUUUGCAAUCUUUUUUUUAAAAAAAAAUGAAUACAAUAAAAUCAAUCACAUUGUUCACAAUGAUUGUGGCCAUUUUUUCAUUGGCACAAUCAGCAUCUCGACAACCAAAUCAACGUGAUCAUCUUCAUUGUAAAAUGGAAUAUUUCAAUGAAUGGGAAGAAAUGAUGCAGACAGCCGAUCCAUAUGCCGUUGUUGAAUCUUUCUAUGAUCUUCAUGGUACACAAUGUAAAACACCAUGCCGUAUUCGUUCACCAUCAAAUCCAGCAUUGACAACCGUUUUAAGUGAACGAAAUUCACCAAAUUAUGAAAAUUGUGGUGCACAAAAGUUUUGCUACGAAGGUACUUGUGUAAGCAAACGUUUUCAAAUUUAGAAUUUAAAAAAAAAUCCGAUGAACCUGUUGAAUGGGAUGGUGAUGGUAACAACUGAAACACGAAAUUGGUUUAUACUAAGCAAUGAAUCACUAACGAAGUAUUUUUAUCAGAUGAAUACAAAAAAAAUUUUUAAAAAAAACCCAACUUUAUUGA